AUGGAAUCAAAGGCAUCUUCAUCUGAACUAUCGAUCAAGGAAAAGCAGGCUACUCCAAUUGAUUUAGUGGAUCAAAGUCCCUCCAAUCUGUCCUCUGAAAAAUGGAGAAUUACCAAGGAAAAACUUGCAACAAUUCUAGAGAAUAGCAAAGAAGAAGAUGAUCUGAAUGAUUAUAACAGUGAAGCGAUUCAGGAAAUGAAUAAUAUUAAUAUCAAGGAAACGGAUGAAGAGGGUCAAGUUGAUGGGAUUGUGGUGUCUGAAAAAGAAUCUGAUUCGGAUGUUGAGGUGGAUAACACUGGAACAGAUUUGUGGUUGAUUGCGGAUGGUGAACGAGCUAAAGAUGAUAUAGUGGUUGGUUGUGAUCCUAAUUUGGAUGA